AUGGAUGUUCAGGCUACUCUCAAGACUCUAUCUCUGCAAGAAAAGGUCAGACUACUGUCUGGUACGCCAGAUGACUUUGUCUCAAUUGCAGGAAUCCCCGAAAAGGGCAUUGCACCACUCAAAACAGCUGAUUCAAUCAGCGGAAUACGCCCCAGUGAAUUCAACAGCACACUCACAACUGCAUGCUUUCCCAACACAGCCUGCAUAGCCUCAACAUGGAACACCGAGCUCUUGGAGAAAAUGGGCACUGAGCUCACUCGCCAAGCAAAGAUCAAGCAUGCGCAGAUGAUCCUUGGGCCGACGAUCAAUAUUCAGAGAGAUCCUCGCGCUGGACGCAAUUUUGAGUGCUUCAGUGAAGAUCCGCUACUUUCGGGAUACAUGGCUGCGGCUAUUGUGAAUGGUAUCCAGAGUAAAGGCUAUGGAGCUUGUGCGAAGCAUUUUGUUUGUAAUGACUCUGAGACUCAAAGGCGGUAUUACGAUGUUGAAGAGUCGCCAAAUGGAAGGUCUUUGACGGAGAUUUACUUGGCUGCUUGGUCGUUUCUCUUGAAGAAGUCGAACCCUGCGGGCAUCAUGACAGCGUACAACAAAGUUGAUGGAGCCUUUUGCUGCGACAGCGAAACUCUCAUUGAAGACAUUCUCCGAAAGCAAUGGGGCUACAAAGGCAUCGUCAUGUCGGAUUGGUUCGGUACUCGCUCUACCGUAGCAGCCAUGAAGGCUGGCGUCGACGUUGAGAUGCCCGUUCCUGUAUUCAGAGGUGAAAGACUCAUCAAGGCAGUGGCCGCUGGUGAGAUAAGUGAAGACGUGAUCGACGCUAGCGUGGCCAGACUUCUUGAGCUACGAAACCGCACGCAGGCGGCACAGAGCGAAGGAUCAGAGAAGUCGGAGAUCAUCCAGGAGACCAACAACAUUGCUCGUCAACUAGCUCAAGAAGGUAUCGUUCUUCUCAAGAAUGAGAACGAAACUCUCCCACUCCCAGCAUCUACUGGUUUGAAGGUUGGAGUCGUUGGCGAGUACGCCAUGAAGGCUGUCUUCACUGGUGGUGGUAGUGCAUCAUGCAACCCCCAGUAUCGCCAGGUUCCACUCGAUCUGCUACGCGAAGCAUUACCGAAUGAGCAUACAGUUUCAUAUGCAAGUGGUGUUCGAAUGCGCCGCAUCAUUCCUACAGUGCCCGUGGAUAUUGUUACGACUCAUGAGGGCAAGAAGGGCGUUGAGGUGGCGUAUUACAACGCCGAUCAAGAUGAGCCGGUUCUCACCGAGACUUUAGAAGACGCUGCUAUUAACUUGAUGGCCCAGGGAAAGCCAGGGCUGAAGACACCAGGCUCUCAUGUGAAGAUGACUACCAAUCUUGUUCCUACGACUACUGGAACACACACGCUCGCACUUCGUCACUCGGGAUCGUUCAACGUUGAGGUUAAUGGUGUCUCUGUGCUAAAGGGCAAUGCUCCGGAUAUUACAACAGAACAGUUCCUCUUCAACUUGAUCAAACUUGAGUCUCGAGUUGAGCUACAGAUGGAAGCAGGAGAGUCAUACCACAUCUCUGUCACAAUGCAAUCCAGAGAACCUGUCAUUGGCGAACCUACUCCAUAUGGCCUCACCCUGUCCUUCGAGGAAGAAUACUCCGAAGAGCAUGCGAUAUCAGAGGCAGUCGAAGUCGCGAAGUCAUCAGACAUUACAAUAAUCUACGCCGGUCGCAGCGAGCAGUACGAGUCUGAAGGAUUUGACCUUGAGGAGAUUACCCUUCCUGCCAAUCAAGUCGCCAUGAUCAAGGCUGUCGCUGCUGCUUCUAAGAAGACGGCUGUUCUCCUGCACUGUGGCAACCCAAUUGACAUCGGUUGCUUCGCUGAUGAUGUUGAUGCUAUUGUGAAUAUGCACUUCCCUGGUCAGGAGGGACCGCAGGCUAUGGUUGACGUCUUGACUGGAAAGGUGAACCCCAGUGGGAGAUUGACGGCGACUUGGUUCAAAACAUUAGAAGACUGGCCUAGCUUUGGGAACUUCCCUGCUCAGAAAGAUGAGUCUGGGGUAUUUACCAUCAAGUACGCGGAGGGCUUGGAGAUCGGUUACCGUGCACAAGUGACUGAGCACCGAGUACAGUUCCCAUUUGGUCAUGGACUGUCUUACACUUCGUUCUCGUACGACCGUCUGAGCGCCAAACUGGACGCCUCGUCAAAUCCUUCAGUUCUCACAGUCAGCGUAAGUGUAACCAAUGCUGGCAGUGUAGCUGGUAAGGAAGUGGUGCAGGUCUACAUCUGCCCUCCGAAGAACGGAGCUGAAUGGAGGCCAACUCGGGAGUUGAAGGGAUUCACCAAGGUUGAGCUUUCACCGGGUGAGACCAGAGAAGUGUCCGUGCAGAUUGAGGUCGAUAAUUUCAACAGUCAUUGGAAUGAGGAGUCGCAUGCUUGGGCGAUGGACAAGGGCGAGUAUAGCGUGGAGGUUGGAAGCCAACGUGCUACUCUUAUUAUUUAG